UAUACCACAAAACAGAAAAAACCAAACCCCCUCUCUCUCUCUCUCUCUCUCUCUCUCUCUCUCUCCUCGCCAUGAGCUCAAGGCAAAAGAGCCCAACCACCAGGCCCAUGAGAGGAGGGACGAGGAGGAGACAAAACUCCCAACGGCGGCGUCUCCGCAGGGCUCAAAACAGCUCCAGGACCGCCGCCGUCACCGGUGGCGCGGCGUGCUCUUCCGUCGUUUCCGACAAGCUAGAGGCCCUUAAGAACCUCAUACCCACCCACGCCAACGGGGAGAGAAAACCCGACCAGCUGUUCCAAGAAACGACCGACUACAUCGUCCUCCUCAAGACCCAGGUCUUGAUUUUGCAGAGACUCGUCGAUCUUUAUGGGUCGAAUCAAAAUGCUGCUGUAUAGAGAGAUUAAUCAACUACUUCACAGAUUAUAUGAUGAAGACGACUCUUUAUUUUUUGUUUUUUGUUUUCAAAUUUUUUAUUUUUUAGUUUUCAGAUUUUAGUUUUGUAAUGGGUUGUACGAGUAUCUUGAUUUCCAGCUUCCAAUAUCUUGAAAAUUUUCUCUGAUUUCCUAGGCAUCCAAAGUAACGUCCUUUUUUCCGCGAUUUGUUAGUGGGAGAUGGGUAAAAUUAACCCAGCAAUUUAUCAAAUUGUUGUUUGUUUGUGUU